UGCUCCGCCCCCAACUCUAUAAGAGGCGGCGGCCGCAGUCCGCCCUCAGGUUUUGCUCCCCAUCGUAGUCAAUCCGCGUCGAGGAAGGAGGGGCUGAGAGCCGACGGUGCGCUGCUGCCUCACGAUGCCUUCAAUUAAACUGCAGAGUUCUGAUGGAGAAAUAUUUGAGGUUGAUGUUGAAAUUGCAAAGCAGUCAGUAACAAUCAAGACUAUGUUGGAAGAUUUAGGAAUGGAUGAUGAAGGGGAUGAUGAUCCUGUUCCUCUUCCAAAUGUUAAUGCAGCUAUAUUAAAAAAGGUGAUCCAGUGGUGCACCCACCAUAAAGAUGACCCACCUCCUCCUGAGGAUGAUGAGAACAAAGAGAAGCGAACAGAUGAUAUCCCUGUUUGGGACCAAGAAUUUCUUAAAGUAGAUCAAGGAACUCUCUUUGAACUUAUCCUGGCUGCCAACUACUUAGACAUCAAAGGUUUACUUGAUGUGACGUGCAAGACUGUUGCAAAUAUGAUUAAGGGGAAAACACCAGAAGAAAUUCGCAAGACUUUUAAUAUCAAGAAUGAUUUUACUGAAGAGGAAGAAGCUCAGGUACGCAAAGAGAACCAGUGGUGUGAAGAAAAGUGAAGUCUUGUGCCUGACUCCUAACACUGUAAGGAUCGUUCCAAAUACCAAGUUGCACUGCUCUGUUUAUAAUUGUUAAUAUUAGACAAAUGCAGCAGCAAAAGAAGUUAUACUAGUAGAGUGGUGUUCUCUGCAUGUGUUAUGUUUGAAUAUAGAUUUAAAAUCCUUUGGUUGAGUUUUCACCAAUGUAAUCUGAUGUCCUUUUCCUCUGCUCUGAAUAAAACUAAAUAAGUGUGGACUCUGUAUGGCAAUUAGCACUGCAAGCUAGCCUUUCCAUGCUCUUAAAUGUAUCACUGUAUCAUUAAAAUGUGCAGGAUGUCAGAAAUUCAGAAAUGUCUGGCAUUGUAAAUAAAACCACUUGCAAAUGUUUUCUGAAAUAUAA